CCUAUGGAAGACGACAGGCUUUCAGUCUCUUCCCUCAAAUCGACCGAUUCGACUCGUACCACAGAUUCGGUUCGUGACCGUGAAGACUACCUCAAGCAGUCUGAGAGACUCUUCAUCCUACAACCAUUUACAACUGGAGCUCUCAAGAACAUGCGCAAUUACGAAGGUCAGACACCAGCUGGAGACCGCAAAACAGACGUACUCGCAAGAGCAGUCCAACUGGUCAAGACAAAGACCGAGAUAGUCGACUUCAUUCUUGCAGCUUGCCCAUACAAGUAA